UGUCUUCUGUUUUUCAGUCUCGGGGAUUUUCAAAAAAGAGCCACACGUCUCAAUGUCCGACAGGCUAUGACAACGUCACUGCUUCUCCGCCCGCGCUGGAUUGACCCGGUCAUGUUUCUCUACGAUAACGGUGGAGUCUUGGACGACUCCAGCAAGAACAUGGAAGGGUUCACAGGAGGUAACUUCCCACCGAGUCCGUGCAGGAAUUUGAUGGCUCACCCUGCCUCUCUUGCGCCCAGCGCUGCUUAUCCGUCAAGCGAAGUUGCUGCAGCAGGAGCGGGUGAACCUGGAAAACAAUGCAGCCCCUGCUCUGCCGUUCAGGGUUCAGCCAGCGCUUCACUUUCCUACGGGUAUUUCGGUGGCGGUGGGUACUAUCCUUGCCGAAUGUCCCACCAUCACGGGGGCAAUGGAGGUGUUAAGACAUGUGCCCAAUCCCCCGCCUCUGCCUCACCUUACGGGGAAAAAUACAUGGACACGUCCGCUUCUACAGGCGAAGAUUAUACAACUUCGCGCGCCAAAGAGUUUGCAUUUUACUCGAGCUACUCCUCGAGUCCGUACCAGCCAGUUUCAAGCUACCUGGAUGUCCCCGUGGUCCAGGCAAUUAGCGGGCCUGCAGAGCCCCGGCACGAGACCCUGUUACCAAUGGAGAGUUACCAGCCGUGGGCCAUCACGGCUAGUGGUUGGAACGGGCAGGUCUACUGCACCAAAGAGCAGCCACAGACGGGACACAUGUGGAAGUCGACAAUACCAGAGGCAGUGUCUCACGGAGGGGCGGACGGCAGCUCUUUCCGACGCGGGAGGAAAAAACGCGUUCCAUACACCAAGGUGCAGCUGAAGGAGCUCGAACGAGAGUAUGCCGCCAACAAGUUCAUCACCAAGGACAAACGUAGACGGAUAUCCGCUCAGACCAACCUGUCUGAACGACAGGUUACUAUCUGGUUCCAGAACCGACGGGUAAAGGAGAAAAAAGUCGUCAACAAAAUAAAAAUCAGCAGUUAGCUUUGCUUUGAGUAAAUUGAAGGAAACAAUUUUAGACGGUGAUCGUUACCACACACUGUGGAAAGUGUUUUGUUUCAAAGGUUUGAAAUUAUAGACGUUUUGACGAAUAGUUGGUUCUCUUGGACUACUUUGAAGUGACUCCUUGGAUCGGACAGGGUUGAUGGUGACGCGGUGCGUCAUAUUUGCGUUUCACCAGGUGACGACGCAAACUGUAUAUUCCCCACUUAGGACAAAGAAGACCAAAAGAUAAUAAAAACAUCUAUGGAGAGAAACACUUUGAAUAUCGAAACUAGGAUGCUGUAGCUCCUUACAGCGGUAAAUCCUAUCUUCUAGAUUUUAAUCACAAAUAAAUAUAAAUAAAUAAGUAAUGCAAUUUGCUUGAAAUCUAAAUUUUUCUUCGCCUCAUGCUGGAUAAUAUGAGGAAUGGACCCAGUAGUUUAUCAAGUUCAUUUACAAUCUCUGGUUAUAUCUGUGUCAAAAUAGGCUAAACUUACUGUAUGUUGGAGUAGUUUAUAGGCUAUGUUUUGUCGUUGUACAAGUGUUGCUCAAAAAUCCUAUUAAACCAUUGGUAUGAAAAAUAUGCAUAAUGAUUUAAUUUUAUAUACCAUUUUUUACAACACUAAACCACAUCACAAAACUGACCAUUUCAAAAUGCCAAAAAAAAAAAAAAAAAAAAAAAAAAAAAAAUUACAUGAAUUGCAUUUUACACAUCGACCGUGAUGUUUGUAUGUAACAGUUGAUAAAGUAAUGGACCUGUUGGAUUGUGUCCAAGUCUUUAUGGACUGUAAGAACACACGACUUUGUGUUUACCCUAUGAAAUGUAUUUUUGUCUGUAGGCUGUAACAACUAACCAAUAAAUAAUGUAAUAUGAUCUCUUCAAGAAAGCGAAAACCAUUUGCUUACAAAUGAUAGAGCAAUGGCGCCAUCUUCUGUUGAACGUUUGUAAGUAAGCAUUUGACCUUGGUCUCUUCAAUCAUUUAAAUUAAUUCAGUUUAAAAAGAAACACAUGAAAUUCUACAAACUGUCUGCUCUGCUGUACUACUCCUUCAGCUUACUUUGCCUAUCUAAGAGUUUAAUGUCAACAGAACGUAAGCCUAUCACUUAAUAAAAAUAAAUAAAUAAAUAAAUAAUAAUAAUAAAACAGACAAAAAAUUAAGUCCAAAUAAAAAUUAAAUAUAAACAUUCGUGCACAGGAACAAUCCACAUUAUUGUUAGUAAUUGCAUUUUUAUUAACAAAAGUAUUGUCAAGCAUGGUUUAUGUUGACAUUGCUUUUAUUAUAGUUGUUUUCUGAUUUUUGACAAUUAAGUUCCAUUUUCACAGAGGAUUGGAUAUUGAUUUUUACAUACUUUAUAAAUUUAAGGAGCUGAAUACUUUGAGAUUCAGUUUUUUUUUUUUUUUUUUUAAUUGUGACUUGUAGAUAAACGUUAAUUUGUGC